UCCAUUAAUUAUUUCCUCAACCUCCGAGGGGGAAAACCCAAAAUUUUACCGAUUAAAUCUCCAGAAAACUCGAAAAUUUUCGUUGCGAACUCGGAAUUCUUCAUCAUCCCAACUCAAUCACCGAACCUAACGGCUGUUGCGAUGACGGCGAUCACCGACAGUGAAAUCAUCGUCAGCGAUCACGCGGGCAAAGGCAAGGAAUCCGACGAGAACAAGAAAAAGGCCGAUUCUUCCUCCUCCUCUUCCUCCUCUUCAAUCCAACGAUCCUCCAGCCGAAACGCCUCCUCCAAAUACGAUUUCGUUAAGGUCAAGGUUUGGCUCGGGGACAAUGCGGAUCAUUACUAUGUCCUUUCUAGGUUUCUCCUCAGCAGGAUGCUCACUGUUACAAAGAUUCCGAAUCACGUUGCGAUCAAAAUUGCAUUGGAACUGAAGAAGCUGCUUAUAGACAACAGCCUGCUCGAUGUUUCACAGGCUGACUUGGAAGCUAAUCUGUUUAAGCUUAUGGAGAGACGAGGCUAUGGAGAAGAAUACAUAAAUCGUUAUAAAAUGAUGACCAGAUUUCAUCACCAAAGAGUGCCACUGGUUAUUUUGGUAUGUGGAACUGCAUGUGCUGGUAAGUCAACAAUUGCUACUCAACUUGCUCAACGCCUCAACUUACCUAAUGUUUUACAGACAGACAUGGUGUACGAAUUACUACGCACAUCCACAGAAAUAAGCUGGCUCCUUAGUUGCAGUCGCAAUCGUGCUCCUUUAGCAUCUACUCCUGUUUGGGCACGAGAUUUUAAUUCAUCCGAAGAACUCAUCACAGAGUUCUGCAGAGAAUGCAGAAUAGUUCGGAAAGGCUUGGCUGGUGACCUAAAGAAAGCAAUGAAAGAUGGGAAGCCUAUCAUAAUUGAGGGAAUUCACUUGGAUCCAAGCAUCUAUUUAAUGGAUGAAGAGAAUAGAGAGAGAAGUGAUGCACAAAGCGAAAAUGGCAUAGCAACCUCGGGGAACUUAGAGGUUGAUCCUUCACAAGCUGAAGAGAAAUUUGAAAAUUCUUCUGGAAGUGAGAGGUUGUAUUCUGAAAGUACUCAAGAUGAAACUAAAAAGUGCUGCCACGAAGUCAAAGGAGUUAAGGGUGGGACCUCUGAUCUGCAAAUUUUGGAGGAUGCAAAGUCCCCAGGACAUAUUGAUCUUUCAGGAAAUAUUUCAGAGGGUCAAGGAGAAGGCCAGAAAGAUUCAGAUCUGCAAAAGACCAACCCUGUGACGAAGUCGAACGCUGCUUCAGAACCGAUAGUUAUACCUAUUGUUUUGAAGAUGGCCGAGUUUGAUCACAAGGCAUUAUUGGAAGAAUGGAUCUCCACUAGAACAUUUGGAGAUAAAUGCCUAGCACAGGAUCAAGAUAAGCUGAUAAGUAACCUUAAAACCAUUCAAGAUUACCUUUGUUCCUUUGAGGCACAGGGGUUGACAAUAGUGAACAUUUCUGCAACGACAUUUCCUCAAACAUUGGAUUGGCUCCACGGUUAUCUUCUUCAGUGCAUCGAGCAUGGUGUUUCUGCUGCUACUCCCAAGAUUGGCAAUCCCUCAAAAGUGGAAUUGGGUAAUAAAAGUGAAUAAUUCUCGUCACAGCCAUGACGUAAAUUUGGAAAAUAGUGUUGUAGAUUGAGCUUUGACAGGUCUUGGUGCUCAUAUUUGGGACCCAAAGGACUUGAAUCCUCCCCUGAUUAAUAUCCAUCCAUCCAUGUGGCGGGCAAGAGAUAUUUUGUAUUUAUCACAUGAAGGCAAGAUAUACUUUGUAUUUAUCACAUGAGCAGUUUAGCCCUGCAUUGUUUUAAAAUGGCAGGAGCCAAUUUUUAGCCAUUGAGUGACGGAACCUUGGCGUGAACGCGUUCUUUUGCAUGGAUAAAUAAGAUAAAUAAUAUAUCUGAACUGUACUGUAUCUGCAUGGGUCUUAUGUUCCUCGAAACAUUUUUAUAACAUUAAUAAAUAAUAUUUUCAUCACCCAAAAA